UGGAGUCCGGAUUCUCGCUUUAUGCGCAGCCCUCGCCAUCGUCUUCGCGGAGCGAGAUAGAGGAGGAAGACAAUGGACAAUAACUGUUCGAUGCUUUGGGAGAUCUUCGGCCCCGGCGUCGCCGGAGCAGUGUUCUCCGCCGGCUGGUGGUUCUGGGUCGAUGCCGUCGUUUGCAGCGACGUCAAGAUCCCCUUCAUCCAUUAUCUCCCCGGGAUUUUUGCUUCUCUGGCGGCUCUCAUGUUCAACAGCGUGCGGAAAGAGGACAUCACAUACGAUUAUUACUCUCCAUAUGGGGAGUCGGAGUGGAGGUUGAAGCUUUGGCUUUUUUUGGCAUAUGUUAUAUCCUUCGUUUCUCUUGCAGCAGCUGUGGGUUUGUUGGUGCAAGAUGCACUUACUGACAAAGGCCACUCUGUAUGGUCCGGCGUUGCUGGUGUCCUACAAUGUGUCUUCAUAUUGAUCAGUGGGCUGAUAUAUUGGACCUGUCAUUCGGAUGAUUGAACGAUGCGUGGAAAGCAUGCGGAGUUGCAAAUGCCUUUGUAUCUUCAAUCCUAUACGUGUUUUUUAAUUUUUGUUGCGUCUUCAUAGCUUUGUAUUUUUAUUGCAUGUGUAUUUCGAAUGCAUCUAAUGUACUUAGCUGGGAUAAAAUUAUUAUGCAUUUUCUGUAUAGUUACUGUAUAAGUGAACAGCUAUUGCUAUUAUGUUUUAAAUAUGGUUUCUGUAUUGUCCGGGAGUUCAAUAGGAAAAGUUCUUCAGAACAGAUCCUUGCAGAACUACAUAUAAGAAAGAAAUUAUCUCCUUUUUUUUAUUUUGA